UUUGCAGCCAUUUUGAGUCUCUAGACUAAUGACUGCUUCAUAAUUAUUUACCUACUGCAUUUGUCUGUCAUGACUGGAGAAAAAUCUAUCUCUCAGCUCCAGGCGAGGGCCUUCUCCUCUCCAUUAGGAAGAUGUGUGACAGACCCCCUGGACUCGCUGGGUCCAGCCCCCUAUGACCCUGUGGCUGGUUUUGUUGUUUUCUUUGAUCUGGUGAUGGGAGUCGAUAUCUCUCAGAAGGCACUGCGUCUGGAGGCAGGUCUUUACUCAGAAGGUCACGAAGUGGGAUCGCCGACUCCAGCGCCCCCUGUGGGGUGCCUGCUGGGAGUGUCUCUGCCAUACUCCCAGAACCCUGGAAACCAUGCCCUUCUGUCAGUCAAACAGCCUGUACCCAGGUAGGAGGCACC